ACUAAACGGGUGGAUGAUGGUGAGUGAGGGGUGAGUCAACUGAGAGCCUUAAACCAACACAAUGAAAGGACUCACCACCACCAGCACUACACCAGCAGGACGAGGAGGAGGAGGAGGAGGAGGAGGAGGAGGAAGAAGAGGAAGUUACAGGACGUGGUUGUUUCUCCUCCUUCUUGCCUCUCUACUACGUGUGUCCACCUGUCUUGCUAUCGAUUACUACGAUGACGACGGAGGAGGACGAGAAACAGAACCAGGCAGAGGGAGCGGAGGCGGCGACGGAGGCGAUGAAGGAGGCGGUGACGGAGGCGAUGACGGAGGCGGUGACGGAGAAGCAGGAGGCGGCAGCGGCAACAUGGAGGUGGAGAAUAUUCACUCCUCCCAUCAGCUACGAAAAGUCAUGGUCGGGGAAAGGUUUCGUUUAAAGUGUCGCCCUGAGAAUUUAGUCAACGCGCAACAGCAGGACUUUACCGCCGUUUGGUACUUCAAAAGCGAGCGUCUUGAGGACCUGAAAACCCCACGCAUUAGAAUCACAGCCCCCAGUCGAGCGUGGCCCAAACUGCGGGUGAAGGAGGCGCGGCUGGAGGACUCCGGUGUGUGGGCGUGCAGGUGGCGGCUGGCGGGGCCUUAUAGGGGCUGGGUCAACUACACCCUGGAUGUGGUGGAGCCCCCGGGACCCUCGCUGCCCCAGGCCUUGUACGCGGACAGCAAGGUGUUGGACGAGGAUGUGUGUGUUCCUCCUGAAUUUACAAAGGACCUCAACUUGCUCACCAUCAAACCAGCGGGCAAUGUGGCGGAGCUCAAAUGCCAAGCUCGGGGCACCCACCUUAACACCACGUGGCUCAAGGACGGAGAGAAACCAGUCAGACAGCUCGGCGACGUGAAGAUCAAAGGGGCGAUGCUGAAGAUGGAGAACCUGGUACCAGCUGACUCUGGGAAUUAUACCUGUGUGGUGUUUAAUGAGUGUGGCGCCAUCAACCACACCUACGGCCUGGAGGUGCUAGAGCACAUCCCGUCACGGCCAAUCAUCACCAAGCACCUGGAGAACAUAACAGCCUAUGUGGGUGAUAAGGUGGAGCUUAAGGUGGACAUCUGGACUGAGAACACCCUGAUGCCCUAUGUGGUGUGGAAAAGAGACCUGCCCUUCACAUGGUCCAUGACUGUGUGGGACAAGACACCGCAAGUGGUGAUAUCACCUGAAGUCCUCACGGCGGCAGUGGCAGGCCAGGAGGGACGCAACAUCACCAGCUCGGAGGACCCCCAGGUGUUGAUCUUGAGUAACGUGACAGAGAGGGAUGCCGGCUGGUACACCUGCAUUGCCGCCAACAGUCUGGGCACAUCCUUCUCCACCGCUUAUCUCAGCGUCAUUGAUGCAGAGCCCAAGAUGCACGACCCAGAGUACCAUGCCAUCAUGGUGCUGACGGUGGUGCUGCUCUCAGUGAUGAUCAUCGGCAGCAUCGUGGCCUCCUUUGUGUGGAAGAAGUGGCAGAAGGAGAAGCGGCGAGCUAUUGAGCUGGAGAGAGCCAAGGCCAUCACGCAGCACUGGAUCAAGAAGGUGAUCGUUGAGCGGCAGAACUCUGACGCCUCGCAGGAGCCGCUCCUGGUGCCAACCAUCAAGAUCGAGCACUGCCAGUCCCGCUCACGUCUGGGUUCCGAGAUGACUAGCAGCAUCUCUGAGUACGAGCUGCCCCUGGAUGCUGACUGGGAGCUGCCCCGGGCCAAGCUGAUCUUGGGGGAGUCACUGGGGGAGGGGGCGUUUGGCAAGGUGGUGCGGGCCGAGGUGCAGGGAGUGAAGCGGCCGAGCCUCGCCUCCACUGUGGCCGUCAAGAUGCUGAAGGAGGGCCACACUGACUCAGAGCUCAUGGACUUGGUGUCAGAGAUGGAGAUGAUGAAGAUGAUUGGAACACACAUCAACAUCAUCAACCUGCUAGGCUGCUGCACUCAGGAUGGGCCGCUGUAUGUGGUGGUGGAGUAUGCAGCCCACGGCAACCUGAGGGACUACCUGCGCAACAACCGUCCGUCCUCGGGGUACGAGAGGGCCAUCGGGCAGGAAAUGGAUGCCAUCACUCAGAAGGACCUGGUCAGCUUUGCCUUCCAAGUGGCCCGUGGCAUGGAGUACCUCGCCUCAAAGAAGUGCAUCCACCGUGACCUGGCCGCACGGAAUGUUCUAGUCAGCGAGGACAGGAUCAUGAAAAUUGCCGACUUUGGUCUGGCUCGGGACAUCCACAGCCAAGACUAUUACCGCAAGACCAGUGAGGGCCGUCUCCCUGUCAAGUGGAUGGCCCCUGAGGCUCUGUUCCACCGUGUCUACACCUCCCAGUCUGAUGUGUGGGCUUUUGGCAUCCUGCUGUGGGAGAUAAUGACCCUGGGAGGCACACCCUACCCGACUGUACCAUCUGUUGCAAAACUCUUCCAGCUGCUGCAGGAGGGACAUCGGAUGGACAAACCUUCAAACUGCUCCCUUGAAAUCUACAUGAUCAUGCGGGAGUGUUGGCGCUACCAGCCCACCCAGCGGCCCACCUUCAAGGAGCUGGUGGAGGACUUUGACCGCAUUCUCACCCUCUCCUCCACAGACGACUACCUGAACCUUUCCCUGCCCCACCUGGACACUCCCCCCAGCAGCUGCGGCUCCUCCCUCACAUCAGACAUCCUCUCCCCGCACUGAGCCCAUCUCACCCGGCCACGUUUGCACCAAGAAGGCAGAGGUGGUGAUGAGCAGUAGCAGUGGUCGUAGUGUGGUGGCAUGUACAGUACUUGGUCAUUGUAUCUUUAACAUAUAUGAUGAAAGACUGCAGGAAAUGAUUUAAUGUUCUUAGUGAAGUGUGAAGUGUGAAAAGUGCGUGAAGAGUACGAAUGUGUGUGUCAUGAGGCUGUAGAUGGUGACAAUUACUGUGUUAUGAUGAGAGACGAGAAAGGAACAAACAUGAAUUCAUUGACAAUACCAUGUUAAGAACUUGCACAGAAAGUGAAUGGAUGGUAGUAAAAGACAAUUGAAGUGAAGUGAAGUGAAGUGUGUGUGGUGUGAGGCGAGACACUGCUGCCCUCCUGUGUGUCGUAAAUACUUCGUGUUUUGAAACUGUUCAAAACUGAAAUAUGCUUAGACUUUUAUUCUUUUAUGUGGAAAAGAUGACUCCUAACCAAUGCAUUAAGUCACUGUUGCAUGAGCACAGUGAAUGGGUCUGUGAUGAGUGGUGUAAGAAAACCACGAACUCUAAACUUGCUUGGUGUUGCCUCAAAGUGACUUCCAAUGUGUCUUGCAGAUACGUACUUGUGCUGUAUCUCUAUGCUUGUCAAUCACCUGAAAUACUAUGAUCAAAGAAGUGUCUGAUUUAUUUUUAUUCAUAUUUAUGUCUGUGUGGUCCAUAGAUGUGCUAUGGAUGCUUAGAGUAGUGACAACAAACAGUGUUCAUGUACUUAAUUUAUUAGGGAUUUUUUGUACAAGUUCUCUUUGUAAUAUUGUCACUGUACUACCGAGCAGUCAUUGUCAAGCUAUAGUCUUAGCUGUAAUUUUUGUGCCAUAUCUCGAGUCUCCCCUCUGCCAACAAGCGUCUGUGUCAUAAAAGGUGUUUGAGAGAGUGAGGGUAGGUGAGGGGGGGGUCAGCGUGGGGUUGGCGAUGGCAGCGGCAGCAGCAGCAGUUCUCAGGGUAGGGGCGCAUGGCAGAAGGGGAUGCUGAAACCUGCAUUUAUGACCGUACCAGUGUAGUGACAACACAGCCAGGGUCAACUGGACACCUGUGGUGCUACAGUGAUCACCACGUUCCAGGUGAGGUGUAGUUGACCUUGGUUGUGACACCACUGCACAAGCUUGCAGAGUAGAGUGCUUGUGAGACUUGAUCAGGGAAAACACAGGGUCAAUUCAGCUGUCAGAGUAGUUUCAUAAGGUAUUUAUUUACCAACCCAUAAUCUUUGCAUGGCCUGGGUCCCGGCGGGCAGCCUGCCAGGACGUGGUGGGGGGGAGGGAUACCAUGUGGUUGGGAGAUGCAUCUUUUGUAUGAGGCUUUGAUCAGGGCACCAAGAUGUGGUAAGAAUGAGGCUUGCUGGCUAUUGAAGGUUGGGUCCAAAGGAAACAAGCACAAGGCCAAUCAGUUAUUUUAAUUUCACUUCCUGAACAAAGGUACAAAUGAGGAAAGUCUCCUCAUUGUCAGUAAAACAAGGUAUUUUUCCUUGAUAUAAAUCCCAGUCAGAGCAAAUUGAUUUACCAUAAUUGUUAAGAGUCAGCUAUGGUGCUAUAGUUUUUAGUUAUGCUAAAAGAUGUUGAAAGGCAGUGGAGGCAGAUGACAGCAGCACACACCACUGUGCACUGCAGUGUUCUACAACACCUCAUCACUGACAAGAUGCUCAUCACAGGCAGGUGUUGCUGACUGGCUGCUGUAAGAAAAUUCUCUCCAUAAACCAAAUGCUAAUUCCUUUUUUUCACAAUGAAAAUGUUUAAUGUUUUUACUGCAAUGUGUUUGCUUCCUCUGAUGUGUGGGAGUCAUGCCUUAACCCCAAGUGAAGCCAGCCAGGUCAGCCAUGUGAGUUGACCGCCGCCAGGUGUGUUAAGGACAGGUGACUGGUGGCAGGUGUGUCCCCACAAGUGCACAUGGGGGAAGUGUUUGCUGUAGCUCCCACAAGUUCUCAUGUACUAGUCACCCACUGUAACCUGCACCAGCCAUGGAUGUCCUGCCUUCCUCUCCUCUCCACUCUUCCUAGUUUUCUUUAUCGCCUCUUCUUUUCUUUUUAUUUUGUCCUUUAAAGCUCAUGUAUUGCCAUUGGCAACUGAAUGAAAAUGUAGGAGAAGGUUGAAACUAUCAGCAUCUCAUACAGUGUGCAAAUGAUGCAAUUCAAGAUGACAAUGUCUUCCCUAUAAGCAUAAAAUUUUGUCAUUUCAUAUUAAUUUUGGUAUUUACUGAACAGAAUUUACUUUUGCAAAUAUCCCAUAAUGAUAAACCAAAGUUAUGUCAAUGACAUAAAAUUCAUAAUCUUGCUUUUGUUCAGUUUUCUUAGAAACAUUUCAUAUGAGAGUAAGGCAAUGGUUGCUUCAAGGAGAGCUCUGCCCAGUGCCUUGUGAGAGCUGUGAGGUACACAGUGGCACUCAGGCUACAGCAGCAACAUGUGGAUGCCACAAGGAGGGGAGCCUUUGCAGGGAAGGAGGCAGGCAGGACUUCCAGGAGGUCAGAGAUUUAAGUGCCAAGAGUUAAGUGAUGCCAAAGGCUUACACACGUCCAGGUCAGUGACAGGGUGUGCCACCUGGUGCUGACCUUCACUAACAUUCUCAAACACGUCUAUUCUGUAAGGCAAGGUCUAGGAGGGUGUAUCACUUAGCAGUUGUUGCACUUUUUAGACUUCCAUCUUAGUCAUUAACUUUAUGUACCAUAAUCUGUGUGAAUGGUGAUAGUAAUAUGACAUUUAUGUACUUCAAAUGUUAUGACAAUUUAAAUCAUUCUUCUCUUACUUAGCCUUCAUAAAAUAAUGGAAGAUAUUUUUGUUUAUUUACUCAGAAUGGUAAAGCAAAUUUCAUAACAGUCUAAAUUUAUAGAUUGUUUAAUAAACUGUAAACAUUCUUUACCUGAUAGAUGGAGGGACUGUGGUCCUCAAUCUUCAAAUAUUUGGUUAAAUGUAACAAUUUUGUAAAAACUAUUGAGCCCAAAGUCUUGACUGGUCACUUCAGAUAUAAAUGUUAAGCAGUAACUGCAUAGUAACAAUUAAUACUAAAUGUAAAGUCUGAGCCACUAAAUUUGGAAUACAAAUUCCCCAAAGUAAAUAGGGGAAGUUUUAGAUCAAGAACAUCCUUAACAUAACAGUACUGGUUGGUGGCUUAUAGAUAGACUGAUCCAGAGAUGGUGGCUUUAGUUUUAUAACAAAUUUUUGUACAUGUGAAUCAAUGCAUGUAGCAAUACACAGAAUAAAUAUUUGUUGUCUUAU